CUCAUAGCUCAUCAUAUACUCAUAGGGACUGCCCUCCAAGACACCAAAUCACCCCAAGCCACCUCGCACUCUUACAUAUCCACCAUGUCCGCCGACGACGACCGCCUGACGCCCCAGUACACCCCGGAGCAGAUUGACGAGUUCAACAAGCAGCUCGAGGGCAAGACGCCCCAGGAGGUGCUCGUUUGGGCCAUUGACCACAUCGACGGCCUCUUUCAAACUACUGCGUUUGGCCUGACCGGACUGGCGGCAGUGGACAUGAUUUCAAAGAUCGGAGUUGAGCGGGAGGUGACGCACCCUGUGCCCCUCAUCUUUCUCGACACUCUCUACCACUUCUCCGAGACCACUCAGCUUGCACAGAGUGUGGUGGACACCUACCUUGCCGAGCUACACACCUACAAGCCUCCCGGAGUCUCAACCGCGGAGGAGUUUGAGGCCAAGUAUGGCGACCGGCUAUGGGAGACCGAUGAGGCGAGCUACGACUACCUCGUCAAGGUCGAGCCUGCUGCACGUGCGUACAAGGAGCUCGGAGUGCGCGCGGUGAUCACUGGUCGGCGGAGGAGCCAGGGAGCCGAGCGCGCGGGCCUCAAGGUGCUUGAGGUCGAUGAGCGCGGCCUCCUCAAAGUUAACCCCUUGAUCUCGUGGUCGUUCAAGGAGGUCAAGGAUUACGUUGACAAAGAGGGUGUGCCGUACAACCCAUUGCUUGACCAGGGGUACCGCUCCAUUGGUGACGUGCACUCGACGCAGAAGCCAGACCCCAACGCUGGCGACGCCGCUGAGCGUUCGGGGCGGUGGCAGGGCAAGUCUAAGUCUGAGUGUGGACUGCACUCGAACUAUUGGGACAUGAAGAAGAAGUUUGAGGAGAAGGCGGCCGCCGCCGCUCCUGCAACGGCAUCCUAGAGUGUAUUUUUUGUAGAUUUGCUUGCAUGCUCAGUUUCUGUGUCUCCGGAGCUUGCGAUAGCGUACGCGUCGUCAAGCAUUACAUGAG